AUGAAGCUCACGGCCGAAUUGGGUGAUCGUGGGACGCUUGAAGCCUUUUCAAGGGUCUGCAACGGCAUCGCUAGAGUCUGCCGCGGCGAGCUGCCUAUUCGAGUGACCCCGGAUGGCUGGCAAUUCUUGCUAACGGAUGUAGCUGGGAAUGGAGGCUCCUGGCUUUGUUACUUCAUCCCCGCACGGGUUUUCACCAGAUUUGUAGUUGACGGAUACGACGAAGAGCGGAAUGAAAUUGUGCUAACGAUCAACGCCGACGCCUUCAUCAAGGCGAUCUCCGGGGCCGUGGAUGAUCGAUGUGUAAUCAAAUUGACGAAGCGUGAUAACCAACCACAUAUCCAAAUCAGUCUAUUCGGCACUCGGACGACGCUCAAUCAUUUGACGGCCGUGACGAUCGUGUUCCCAGAAAGCACACAUACUUAUAAAGGGCCCACCGUGCAGAUUGAUUUUACUUUGUCAGUAUCACUUCCUACAUCCCGGGCAUUUCCGAAGUUUUUCACCGUUUUGAAGAAUCAAAGCGGAAAAGCUGUGAGCCUGGAAAUCUCAUCAGUUGGUGAAUUAGAACUGUGUUGUUCGACGGAAAAAGCUGAGCUCACGCUAUACUUCCAGCACCUUCCUGUCACUGGAGCCGAAACAGAGGACGACGAAGUCGUGACGGCCAUUGUACGAGUCCCCGUCAAAAUCAUGCAUUUGGUCUGGACGAGCUUCCUGCAGGGACACGCCCCGAAAAUAACCCUUCGGAUUUCCAACAAUCGGUUUGCGGUGAUCAAGGCUGAAAUAGAAGAAAAUACAUUUGAGCUGAUCAUUCCGGGGCUUGUCGAUCGGCCUGCUAAU